AUGCCAGGCAAGCCAACAACCCUGAACAUCAGGAGUCAGCUAUCACAGAGGCUCUGCAGACUGCACAGAAGAUGGCCUUCAUUGCAGCUCUAGGGAUCUUAAUGGCUGGGAUCUGUCCUACUGUCCUCUGCUUCUCAGAUGACACAUGGGGAAUAGAUAUUCUAUUACAUAAAAACCAAGAAAGUGGGACACCAGAUGACAGUCUCACAUUGGCGUCCAUCAACACUGACUUUGCCUUCAGCCUGUACAAGAAGAUGGCUUUGAAGAAUCCAGAUAAAAAUAUUGUCUUCUCCCCACUUAGCAUCUCAGCUGCCUUGGCCCUCGUGUCCCUGGGAGCAAAGGGCAACACCCUGGAAGAGAUUUUAGAAGGUCUCAAGUUCAAUCUCACAGAGACCUCUGAAGCAGACAUCCACCAGGGCUUUGGGCACCUCCUACAGAGGCUCAGCCAGCCAGAAGACCAGGAUCAGAUAAACAUAGGCAAUGCCAUGUUUAUUGAAAAGGACCUGCAGAUCCUGGCAGAAUUCCAUGAGAAGACAAGGGCUCUGUACCAGACUGAGGCCUUCACAGCAGACUUCCAGCAGCCUACUGAGGCCACAAAGCUCAUCAAUGACUAUGUGAGCAAUCAGACCCAGGGGAUGAUCAAGAAACUGAUCUCAGAACUGGAUGAUAGGACAUUGAUGGUGCUGGUGAAUUACAUCUACUUUAAAGGCAAAUGGAAGAUAUCCUUUGACCCCCAGGACACAUUUGAGUCUGAGUUCUACUUGGAUGAGAAGAGAUCUGUGAAGGUUCCCAUGAUGAAAAUGAAGUUUCUGACCACACGCCACUUCCGUGAUGAGGAGCUGUCCUGCUCUGUGUUGGAGCUGAAGUACACAGGAAAUGCCAGCGCCCUGUUCAUCCUCCCUGACCAGGGCAGGAUGCAGCAGGUGGAAGCCAGCUUACAACCAGAGACCCUGAGGAAAUGGUGGAAAUCUUUGAAAACCAGGAAAAUAGGUGAGCUCUACCUGCCCAAGUUCUCCAUCUCUACUGACUACAACCUGAAGGACAUCCUUCCAGAGCUGGGCAUUAAAGAAAUCUUCUCCAAACAAGCUGACCUAUCUGGGAUCACAGGAACCAAGGACCUGAGUGUGUCUCAGGUGGUCCACAAGGCUGUGCUGGACGUGGCUGAGACAGGCACAGAAGCAGCUGCUGCCACAGGGUUCAUUUUUGGCUUUCGUUCUAGAAGAUUACAAACUAUGACUGUGCAGUUCAACAGGCCAUUCCUGAUGGUCAUCUCUCACACAGGUGUUCAGACUACCCUCUUUAUGGCCAAAGUCACUAACCCCAAGUGAACCUAAAGCUCCCCAAGUUCUGAAUAUUCUGCCCAGGACCCUAGGAUGGAGUCCGCAUGUGGAUCUCUGUUUACAUCCUGGCAAUCAUGCUUUGAUUGGCUGAUGCAAAGAUGGCUUAGACAGUGACAUUGACUAUCUCUGUGGCUCCCACAUGCUCAGGAGCCUUUGGACUGUCAGUGUCAGGCGCUCAGGCCUCUUGGGAGCAUCUGUGCAUGUUUCUGAACCUGGAGUCUGUCUUUAUUCCUCUUCCCUGGUGACUCCUUUUUAUAUAUCUGUAUCCCAAAACUAGGCAUUGGCAAAUACACAGAGUUCCAAUACAGGCUCUGAGCACA